AUGGAGGUUAAGCCAGAGGAUAGAAAAUAUUUAACUUUGAGCACACCAAAAGGUCUGUAUAGAUGUAUAAGGCUACUGUACGGAAUUUCUAGUGCAGCUGCAAUAUUGCAGAGAGAAAUCGAAAAUAUCUCGAAAGAUACACCAGGCGUUACAAAGAGACCUACACUGGACAGAAUGUUCGCUUCAACGUCACAAAGAAAUGAUGAUGGUUUGCGGGCGUCUUACAAUAUCUCGCUACUUAUAGCAAAAUCCGGAAAACCGCAUACUAUCCGAGAGAAGCUAAUUUUGCCAGCCGUUGAAGAGGUUUUAAAAACUGUUUUACACAAACCUGCAUCUGAUAUCAUUAAAAGAAUUCCCUUAAGCAACAAUACUGUUGAAAGACGUAUUGAUGAAAUGAGUUCUGAUAUUGAAAGCUUCUUAUGUAAUUAUUUGCAAACGACCCAUUCCUCUAUACAACUGGACGAGUCAACUUUACUUGAUAAUGCAGCAUUAUUAUUGGCAUAUGUUCAUUUUAUUAUGAAUCAAGAAAUCUAUGAAGAACUGCUCUUCGCAAGAACUUUGAUAACCGACACUAAAGGUGAAUCAAUAUUUCAUGUUUUGAAGGAUUACUUCAUUGAAAAAGCAAUUCCUUUAUCAAAUAUAAUAUCAGUAGCUUCAGAUGGAGCACCUGCCAUGUUCCCCAAUUUGUCACAGACAAGCUGCCAGGAAGACGACGUUUCAACUUACGUUCAACAUUUAAAUGCCCUCUAUUCAGAUUUUGAAUCUAGAUUUGAGGAUAUUUUGACUAUGGUAAUACCACCGUGGAUAAUUAAUCCAUAUGGUGACAUAGAAGAAACGAAUGUCAUAAUACAAGAGGAACUGACUGAACUAAGUACAAACGAAGAACUUAAGGUUCAGUUUAAAAACGGAUAUUAUGGAAUAUAA